AACAACACAGGGUGCAAGAUUGAAAUGGGUGAUAUCGUUUAUGAACCUCCGAGAGAUGGACCUACCUUAUGGGAUAUUGGUAUCCCUGACCGAAAAGCUUCUGAGUUCUUUAUCCCAGAUCCUGAUCCCACGCUUGUAAACAGGGCUUUAGUCCAUCAUCAAGACAGGUUCAGGCAAUAUGGGCUGUGGAAGAGAUACACAGAUUUGUAUCCAAAUGAUGACCUUGUUUACACUGUUGGUGUAAGCGAUUAUCGCAGAGACUGGUUCUUUGCUCAGGUUCCAAGGAAGAAAGGAGACAUGCAUGAAGCAACAACUUGGCAGAUUAGGUUUAAACUUGAAAACAUCGAUCAAAAGGCGAAUUACAAACUGAGAAUCGCCAUAGCAUCUGCAACCUUAGCCGAGUUGCAGAUUCGAGUCAAUGAUGCGGAAGCAGUCCGCCCUCUCUUCACAACUGGACUCAUUGGGAGAGACAAUUCAAUAGCAAGGCAUGGGAUCCAUGGGGUUUACAUGCUGUAUGAGGUGAACAUACCAGGAAACCGGCUUGUCCAAGGUGAUAACACUAUAUUCCUGAGACAGCCAAGAUGCAAUGGUCCCUUCCAAGGGAUUAUGUACGACUACAUUCGUCUUGAAGGCCCUCCAUAACUUACUCUGGAAUUACAUAGCAUAGUAUAUGUAUUGAUGUACGUAUGUCGAAUUUAUCAAUUGACACUGACACGAAAGGUGUAACAACUGAAUAAUAUUGAUAUGCAAACCUUAAAGACCAAAAUUUUGACAAUAUCAA